AUGCGGAGCACAAUGCUGCGCGGACCAAGCGUCCGUACAAAAUCAUUUCGUAAGGUUCAGAAAUCCACACGACUCCCUUCUGCUCUUCUGAGGGAGAUGGAAGACCUUGAGGGCGAUGAUGCAGUCUCCGACACUGCUGAAGCAUCGAAUGAGAUGCGAACAGCUAGCCCAGCAACGCCAGUUGCCAAGGAAGGAACGCAGAAAACUGCUGCGCGUGCAGCAGCAGCUCCAAAAACGGGAUCAUCAGGGGCUCAGGAAACAGAAGCGUCUGCAGCGCAAAUUCAAUGCUGUAAAUCCUCAAGAAUUAGGGAUGGGAAUAACAGGGCCUCUGCUAGGCAGGACUCCGGCGUGGCAUGGGAUGCUACUCUAUCUGAUACUACAAAGAUGAAUAGCUCCGGUGCUUCAUAUGAAGCCUGCCGGCUGCCCUUGCGUAGUGGGAGUACCGACGCAGCAGUGACAGCUCCGAAGAAUUUGAAACAAAAGCAACAGCAAGAGCGGGAGAACGACGCAUUGCAUCAUGAGCUGCAGAUGCUCGAAGCGCGACUGGGCAUUAACAACAAAAAGGGGUGCAAGAAAUCAUCCAACGCAAAUGCCAAGUUGAGAAGGGAGCUGGAAGCAGAUGGAUUUGACCUGGAGCUACAGGAUAUUCUGGACAACAUCUUGGACUCUGGCAGAAGUGGAGCUAAGGACUUAAGAGAAAUAGACUCCAACGAACCUGGCAAAGAACGUGUGUCCGGGGAGUCGGACGAACCACGGAAAUACGGUGAUGAAUUUGAGAGGAGUGGAUUGCCAGUCGGUGGCGAAAGUAUCAGCGCCUUGGCUGAAGCAUUUAAUGGGGAAAAGUUGCAUGGAGGCUGCGACCCGCUGCAUGAGGAGCUGCAACUUUAUGAAAAGCUGCUGGGUGUAAGCCAGAGCGGCUCCAGUAAGAAUGACGGGAUCCGAGAGAAGAAAAGGAGGAAGCUUAGAGAAGAGCUAAAACAGGACGGCUUUGACCUGGAGCUGCAAGAUAUGCUGGACAGUAUCCUAGGCAUGAGGGGACGGAUGAGCACGGCGGGCUUUGAAUAUAAAGGCGCAGCUGAUGGAGGAACUCCUGUUGGACUUGAUGCAGAAUCUGAGCCCGUGUCGGUGGAGGACAGUGACUCAGAUAAAGCAACUGUAUGUGUUCCUUUUAUAUCGAACAGCUCACCUGUUGUGAGCAAGUUAGCUUGCUACCAAGCAGAAACUGGUCCCAAUAGGGACACCGGGAUAAAGCAAAGUGGGAUUAUUUCCAAGGCGACUGCGGCCCCUCUCCGCCGCAGACUUGCUGAGGGAGUGGACGCCAUCCCGAGUGUGUAUCUAGAGGCCGUUAGGGUUGGAGUUGUACGAGCAAUAAAACGAGUCUCUGAAGACAACGUGAAUACAGUUCUCCGACAGCUGCUGCGUGUCUUACGCUGCAGCGCCGCUGAACUUCAGCGGGGAUAUGAGAGCAAGGAACAGGCAGAUGAGGCACUGCAUGCUCACAAUAUAUCUGUGAGGGAGAUCUUAUGCGACCGGCUAACUCAGUCAUGCUUAGAAGGACGCAGCUCAGACGCUCCAAUGAUUGCCAUCAAAGCAGCUCUUUGCUGCGCUUUAAGCAAAAUGUGGGAUAUUGAGCUGUGCCGAAACUUUUUGAUGGACUUGGCUGGUUGUUUCCUGACCCACUUCUGGAGGGCAUUGUUACAACAGAAGAAAAGCCAGAAGGCCUUUACGGCAGACACCUCGUUCCAGAGAAGUCGCCAUGCGCUUGUCGGAAUUUGCUGUCUGUAUGACUUCGGUUUUGUCUCCCCGAGAAUGCUUGUCGAGCUCAUAUUCAAGAUCACAGGAUUGCAGGAAGACUCCAAGCCACCUCUUCAGCGGAAUAACGGAACGCCCGACUUUCGGGUGGAACUGGUACUUCUGCUUCUACGAUUGGAGGGUGGGAAACUGCACCAAGAUGACCCUUCGCUUUUUUCUAGCACAUGGAAAAAACUCCAUGGUAUUGUACAGCAAUAUGGAGAUGAUUUUAGGUUGCAUUUGGAGGGGCAGCACUUUUCGUUGCCGGAGCAGAGUAUUGCUGGAGCGGAGUUACAGGACUGUAAAGAUAACAAACAGGAUGAGGCAUUGAUGCAUAUCAAGGCAUCGCAGCAUGCCAUGAAGCGCUGGCUGAGCAGCAGCUCAGUCUUUGGACCCAGCUUCCUCUCUACAGAGUACCGAAUAGACGGAUCUUGGGGAGAGCUGCAGCAAGGGCAGCGACCAGAAAUGGUCACACAAUCCGCAGUUGCUGCUCACCUUCACCAUCAUAAGCGGACAGAAAUCUCUGAGAGCAUUCCAGUUGCACGCUCAAUUGGCUCCCCAGCAAUCCAUAUGCAAGAGAAAGCAGCGCUUUUAAGGUUCAAUACGGAGCUUCAGCAGAGUAUUUUCAAGUGUCUAAUGAUGGCCAACAGCCCAGAUGCUGCCCUCCAAUUGCUUCAGAGAACUGGACAUUUGUCGUUGAAGAAAACCACUAUUCGACUGCAUGUUGCGGAUCUACGCAUUGUCCGUUUCUUGAAUUUUGGCGCAGUAGGAAAAGAGGGACCUGGGGGUCUCUCAGGGAGGCUAGGAAUAUUUCUCCGAGAGUUGCAUUGA